GGAAAACGGCCCCGCGGGGCGGAGCAGCUCCGCUCGGUGACCCCUGAUUCGUGGUUCCAGCGAAUGGGAGGCCGUUCAAGUCAAUAGGAACGAAGGGAGGGGCAGGGACAGGGACAGGGGGCUGCGGGGAACUGGCAGAAAGAAUCAGGGAGUUCUCCCACCAGAGAUUCCCCGCCUGCGGUUCCCCUUGGAGACUGGAAUUUUGCCUAGAGGGGUGACUCCCGCCCUCUUCUGGGGUCACCCCUGGAACUGAAAGACGACUUCAGGGCGCUCCAUCUCCCCCCAUCUGCCAUGUUCCCGGUGAAGGUGAAGGUGGAGAAAGCAGAGCUGGAGAUGACCAAAGCCCGGAGCCACCUGGAUGCCGUGCUGCAGUGCCUGCUGGAGAAGAGCGACGUGGACAGGGAGCCACUAGAAGAUGAAACUGGGAAGACACCCUCAGAUGCCCACAGCAAGGAAAUCUCCCCCUCGGCAGCCGGCAAACGCCCUUCUGCGCGCCUCUCACAUCACCGGCGGAAGAAGCGGAAAGAAAUGGAGGAGGGGCUCCCCGAGGGGGGACAGCAGCGAUCCAAUACCUACGUCAUCAAGCUGUUCGACCGCAGCGUGGACCUAGCCCAGUUCGGCGAGAACACCCCCCUGUAUCCCAUCUGCCGCGCCUGGAUGCGAAACAGCCCCACCGUGCGCGAGCGCGAGGCGUCCCCCAGCCCCCCGCUGCCCCUUCUGCCCGAGGACGAGGAGGGGGCCGAGGUGUUGAACGGGAGGAACCGGGACGUGUACAGCCUACCGCCCCCCGUUGCCCCCUGCUCGGGCGGGGAGGUCUCCAGCCCCCGCAUCCCUUCUCCCCUGCAGCCGGAGGCCCAGGGGGCCCCAGACGCGACUCCGGAGCCGGACCCUUCCAUAUCCGCCCUCAUCCACCGCAACAUGGAGCGCUGGAGACUCGUCCGCCAAAGAUGGAAGGAAGCAUCCCAGAGGAACCAGCUUCGCUACGCGGACAGUAUGAAGAUUCUCCGGGACAUGUACGAGCGCCAGUGACUGCUCCGCCCCCUCCCCGCCCCCCCGCCGCCAAUAAACUCGUUCCCCGCCCCUGCAGGGGGAGGGGGACACGCCCCACAGCACGCAGUCUGCUCA